AUGAUCUGUCGUCAACGUAACGUCGCCAUGAGGCUGUUUGAAUUCUGCCAACAAACUUUCUUCACUUUUGCGGGAGAGACCUAUGAACAAGUCAAGGGAACCCCUAUGGGCUCACCGGUCUCCGGUUUGGUGGCAGAACUGGUCCUACAGGAGUUGGAAAAGAUUGCCUUCCUCAAACAUGAACCGGUGUUUUGGCGACGUUACGUUGACGACACGUUCGUCAUCGUAAAGAAGGACAUGCUGCAACAUUUUCACAGCCUGCUCAACGCAGUCUUCCCGGAUAUAAAAUUCACGAGAGAAGAAGAACAGGAGCAGCAGUUGCCCUUCCUGGAUGUGCUCGUCAGACGAAACCUUAACGGUGAACUUGAAACGACGGUUUAUAGGAAGGCAACGAACACCACACAGCUUCUCAGUUUUCACAGCAACCAUCCGGUGGUUCACAAACGAAGCUGUGUGAAGACGCUCUUCAAACGGAUCCAAACUCAUUGCAGCAAACUGGAAGACAGAACGCGUGAGGCCCGUUAUCUCCGCGACCAGUUUGUGCAGAAUGGCUAUCCGAGGGCAUUCAUAAGUCGCUGCCUACGCGGUCGCCACCAGAGAACUCAAACAUCAACGCCACCGACGAUAUGGCAUGCUCUGCCAUUCAUCAAGGGUGUUUCAGAAGCGACCGAGCGCAUUGCUGCGGAGCUAGGGGUUGGAAUCGCACACCGCCCCAAAGCCCCCAUGCGCAACAGGGUCAUGAAGAUCAAAGACCGGUUAAAACCUGAAGAGCAAUCUGGAGUAGUGUAUCGCAUUCCGUGUAAAAAUUGUCCUUGUAAUUACACAGGACAGACUGGACGCAUGCUCGGAUCGCGCAUACAUGAACAUAAGCUGGCUGUGCGGCGAGGCGACGCAUUGUCACAAGUGGCUGCCCACACCUACGAAAUGGGUCACGAGUUUGACUUCGCAGCCACAAAAAAUAGUCGCCCACGCCGGAAACAAAACAGGCCGAGAAUUGGUUGAAGCCUGGGCCUCGGAUGAGAACUCGGUCAAUCGAUUUAUCGAUCUGGCGCCGGCGUACAGAGCCCUUCGUUGUCACCUCCAGUCGUGCGACGUCGGUCGAUGAUUGGGUCUACGUGUCUUAUAACUGCCGCUUGUCCUGUUUCUGCCACUACCUCUGACGAUGGACUCCUGUACGAGUCUGAAAGCUCAGGAUAAUAAACGAAUUGUUCCGGUGCUCGAUUCUUCUUCUUCUUCUUCUUCAAAUAUGUAUACACCUGGAACUCGAAAUUUCGCCUUCAUUCGUAAAUCUACACACACAUUACACCUCCACACACCCUCACGGGGGCACUAAGUCAAGUGUUAUUACCUCUGGCAAGGUCCAUUCGUCAUCCUAAAAUUCUCACCCCGGCAACCCUACUUCUCCGCGAAGGCAUGCAACUCCUAACACCUUGAUUUACGGGGUAUUUCAUCAAACCCAAGCCCUACUGUCCACAGCUUCUGGUAUGCACAAGCGACGCAGUACCCGUCCUUUGCAUUAGAAGUUGAGAUCACAAUAUACUCCCCUCCUCCUCCCCCCCCCCUCCCCGCCCCAACCUUCAUUGACAGCAAAAUCACUCAGCAGAAUUCUAAGGCCUGGAAAAAGUUAUGCAACAUCCGAACAUGCAAUUCCGCCUCCUCCCAAUUUUCGUUUUUUAUCAUCACUAAUGGAAGAGACACUUUUAUGUAGAUAUCUGCUCUAAAUAGACGUCCUCGAGAAACUUGAAACCUUUAGGACUUCUAUAAACAUUGUGACCUAAUUGUUUUGCGUGUUUUCUGUGUUUCAGUUAUCCCGGUCGGCGAAUUUACACAUCCGUUGCCUAGACUUUCAUAUCAGUCACAAAUUAACAACCAUGCACUCUGCAAUCUCGAACCAUUUUUGACUGAGUUGGUUUGUGCACCAUGAUACUGAACCCUUUAGUAAUAAAUUUCAGGGAAAUAGUUCCACCAGGUGAGGGAAAUUAUCAGUUAAUGGGGCUAUUGAACCUCUGACCGGCCAUUGGUCGGGUUUCGCGCGCGAGAAAAGGCCUUACGCCCCCUUGAGGAUGCAUCACAGGUUGAUUGGCUAACUGACUGCACGCGCGCAACUCGUAGUCGGCCUGACCUGCUGUGCGCACGUGAUCGAGAUUAACUUCCGCUCUAUCCUGUUUCCGUUCUGCGUGCCAGGUACGACCUCGAACCCACCCUUGACUCUAUGUAGCUUUCACUUUUUUCGUAACCUCUGUACAAAUUCUGCCCCCGACGAAGUUCUGGCUGACGGCGAAAUCAAGUCAGCUAAGACGGGAUGCGAACGCGUGUCGGCCGUGAAAUAGAGCACUAAGUGAAGUUGAUUGUGUAAUCGCCUGCGGCGUUCCAGAUCCUGCGGGCAUGCCUCAAUUACCGAGGCUGCUGAGGUCAGAGCAAGCAACACGCCGACAUAGUUGGCAACACCAACACAGACAAAAGGGAGUUAAUAAGGGCGGGCAAUAAGUUCACCAGGGAGCUCGGAUACUAUCUAAUUUCACCCGUGCCCAUUUGCACCUGUAAAACAGACUACUUUUCCGCCCUUUCUAAAAAAAAAUCGGAAAAACGGAAUAAACGAAGUGCCACGCUCUAUUUGAUGUGUUGUUUUCCGUUGGCAGAUCAGAAACUAGAAAAGUGGAUCAGGUCCGCUAGGCGUUAACCUUCGCUUUGGAACAAGGGAAGGGAGAGUGCUUCCCCUUUCUGAAAUGUCUAUCUAUUAUAACGUCUGAUGUAACAAUUCGCAGAAAUGUGAUUUCGCAAGGAAACGUAGACAGGGCACCACAUAAACUUCCACAAUUCUGUCCCUCUUAGUCAGAAACGAAACCUAACCCGCUGUCCGACCAAACGAACUAGGAGAAUAUGGCCAGCGGAUACGCAGAAAACAAACUCACCUUCGCACAAGACACUGUUAGAAAAUGGUCUUCAUGACAAGUUUAUCACGAGAUAUGUGGAAGAACGUGUGCGCUCGAAAACGGGCCACGUUGUAGAUGUGCUGGGCCAUAUUGGGCUCUGGGAGGUAUUAUCGGAUUUGCGCACCAUAACAAAUGCCAGCACUGGCAGACCCAGUCGCCGGCAGACAUGCCGCCCUCCAUUUUCGUUGUUGGUUAAAAUCCUGGUCAUUUGAUGUGUGGGCCAGGGGGUGUGGAGUGUAGCACCAAGUUUCGGGCUCGACCGUGUCAUCGAACUGCGCCCUCCCCGCCUCCGCUCUUCUUGAUUCUGUCUUGACAUCGGGCCCCGGGUCGGAGAGGAGGAGGGGGAUGCAGUAAGUGCUUUGAAAGUCUGCUAUCAUCAUAAAUUAAUUCACGCACGGCAUCGGGCUGCUCCGCCUUGUUGUGGAGCACACGGCGGACGUCGUCGGCAACGACGGUCGAACUGUCGUAUGUGGAAGAACAUAUACCAAAAACGGACGUGCCGACGGCUGAAAAGGGACUAUUCCUCACAUUGUAAUUUUCAGGGAACUUGACAAGCAAAUUUUUACAGCAUCGCCUGAACUUUGUUACUGCGAGCAUGUACCCGGUCGUUAGGCCCUCCGCUCGGCCAUCUUGGAUUUAGAGAUAACCUCUCCCCUCAGACUUCUUUAAUGGGCAAUUACGUCUUUACUUGCUCCACUGGUGCAGUUUAUAUUGGUUGGACGACAAAGCUCCUCCUCCCCCCCCCUCCACCUCAACCUCCUACACCUCCUCUCCCUCCCCUUCCUCCCCACGCCCCCAAUACAACUAAACUAUAAUUCCCUCAGGUUCUGACAUGUCUGAGCCCCCUUAACCCCCUCCUCAUUACUACUGUUCGCUGGCUGGCUUUAAUUUUGCAAUUUUACCACAAUCUAUUUAUAUUACUGCAUAAGUCUAACGAUGGAUUUGAGUUCUGCAACUGUCUCUGAUGAUGGAUUCGAGUGAGAAUCCGAAAGGUCAGCCCAAUAAACUUCCUGUUCCAGCGAUUGCAUCUUCUUCAUUUUCUGAAUUUGACGUCUUCAUGGGUAUCUUCCCAAAACCUGAGACAAGAACUGUUUAUCAAAUGAAUCGUAUUUCAAUUUUGUUCCUUUUUAUUUUCCUUUGUCAGAUCCUUUGUCGCUUUAGAAAAUACUCCCUAUUGAAAUCGUUUGGGUCACCUACCCGCCUUUGAACAUUUCGUACUUUUCCCUUGUCAGCCUACGCAUACGUUGUUUCGUUGCGUUUUGCGGCUUUUAUGGUUUCUUUUCGCCCUGUAUUGUUGCCACUGUGUUUCCUUUUAACACUGUCGGCAUUUUCAACCUUCCACCUCCAUCCUUCUUUUUUAUUCCGCCUUUUCCCUCAAAAUCUGCUCUAUAAGUAUUUGCCAAACACCCCAGCACUCGCAUUUAAUUCGAGUCCAUGCGGUUCGCUCGAAAAAGGGAUGUCAGCGUACUCAGUUUUCUUGGUACGAACACCAAUGCGUCCUUUGUCUCACGGUGUUUUUUGGCCACCCCCACAGUUCCCGUCCCUGUCGAUAGGUUCGUUCGACUUAUCACGCUGGAGGAAAGGAAGAGUCGCCAACGCAUAAGGCCAACCGCCCCGCAACAACGAAUGGGUGGUUUUGGACCGAAAAGCUGUCAAUGAGGCAGCUAUCACUGUCGCCUUUAUUGGAUACAAUGACGUCACACUAUCUGGCUGUAUAAGCUUGCAUACCCUAAAAAUUUUAAUAUUAAAAACCUACCGUUAUUGAGCUUUCAUUUUCUUCUCCAAACUUGUCGUGGAGAACAGGCUCCAAAUAGAGCCAACUUACUUAUGACGCAUGCUUAUCCAUGCUGACAGCACAGGUACUGGCUAAAAGUCCAUACGCGUGUUUCUCUGAUAUUCUGCAACUACAUGGCACAGCUGUAGGGGCUCGGCUCAUUAGUGGUUCCCCGUGUGCUUUCUGGUAGAUAGUCCAGCCAACCGGAUCGCUGCCGCCAAAGCCAAAAGAGCCGUUCGCAACGCGCAAGCGUCUCUCGCCCACAGCGCCCACACCCGACCCCGCCCAAGGUGCCCACGCUGUCAACGGAAAUUCCGCUCGCGCAUCGGCCCCCUCGGACAUCUCCAGACCCAGUGCAAUAACAACCCAACAAAUCCACCUGCUGCCUCACAAACGCCCGUGCCCAACCCCUCGACAUCCACAACAACGACCUCCCUCGCCACCGAGGAUCACACUUCCGAUGUUCCGCCGUCCGCGACCAUCGUCACCUCCAUCCUGCCCCUGCGAUGA